AUGAAUAGCAAAUUAUAAAAUCAAUCUACAAGCAAGUCGCCAAUUCAUUAGAGAAGGACUCCUUAAAAGGAGGAUUCCAUUUUGAAUAAGACAUACUCAUAGAUGAGCACGUAAAUUUUGCAAUCGUCUAAAUCAGAAGCUACCCUUUAGCCUUUAUCAGUUCAUUAUGCGCAUCUUAAAGAUAUGGAAGCAUUAGGUAAAGAAAUUACAUAAAAAACUAUGCAAGCAAUAUAAAAGCCUCUAAAUUCUUCUACGAGAAUUUAGAGAAUUGAUAACUAAGGAAAUUAAAUAGUAGAAGAGAUAAAACCUGCAAAGAAAGUUUGUAGUACUUGUUUAAUGAAAGAUUUAAACAUGUUCCCUGCAAAUUACAAAUUUCAUGCAUAGUGUAAUGAUAAAUCACAUCCGCACAUGCUAUAAGAUCCUGAAAAAACAGGUAACAGAAAAAUCAGAGUGAUUAAAAAGGCUACAGGAUCAUCAGUUUCAAUAACAAAGGCCAAAUUAUCAUUUUACAAAAUGGAGGAUAUGUCUUAUGAACCUCCAAUUCAUUCUUUUAAAGACUUAGAAAUUGAAAAACUUAGAGACGAUAAUAUUAAGCUAUUGUAGAAAAUAGAAGAGCAAGAAGCAGCAUAUUAAAAGAUGUAGAUAAAUGUCAUUUAAAAAAUGAGGAAUUUAAUUGAAGAAUUGAUAAAUUUUUUAAAUUAAAAUGGAGCUAAUUUAACAGAUAAUGCAAUAGAAAAUCAAAAACUUUCAAAAUAUAUACUAGACUGUCCUUUGAAGAAUGAAGAAUAAGCUAAGUAGCUUGAAAAAUUAUCAAAAAGAAAUAAAUAUGAGUUUGAAUUAAAUAUAUAAAAUGACGAUUUAAAGUUAAAACUAAGAAAUUUACAAGAUGUUAUGUAUGGAAAUACCUACAUCUUGAAUAGAUAGCCUAUAGAUUAAGCAAAAGAUAAUGUAAUUGAUAGCCAAAAGAAUAGAAUACACAAUUAGAAUAGAAAUAUAACUCGUCUUGGAGACAUGCUUCUAAAAUUAAAUUAAUGUGACUAAAUUUAAGAUCCUGACAGUAAGAUCAAGUUGCUUUCUUAAAAAGUUAUAGAUUUUUCUAACGAAAUUGAGUAAGCAAAAAAUGAUGCCUAUGCUUCAAAGAAACAAAUGGAUGAAGCUAAUUCUUCUGCUUUGAGAUAUAUGGAUUAACUUGAUAGUGUAUUAAAGGUAGUUUAAAAAUACCCUCUCGUUUUUGUUUCUUAUGUAGAUAAAAUAAAAGCAUAAUUACUUGAAAUAGAUACUUUUGAGGCAGAUGUUGCAAGAGCUUAAAAUUUAUUGAGCAAAGAAUCGCUUUAAUAUGAGGAGACAAUAAGAAUAUUAAAAGAAGGAUUUUAGGAAAAAUAAAAUAAGAUAGACUCUUUGUAACAGGAAAGGUAAAGAUUAGAAGAUUUAAUGUAGGAAAAGGAAUAGCUUUCGAAUUAAAAAAUUAAUGACUUAAAAAAUGAAUUGAUUGAGCUUAGCAAGAUUAGCAAAUAGUAAUUAGAGUCUCUGAAUGAAAAACAUCAAGAAAACUUAAAGCUGUAAGAGGAGUAAAAGUAAAAGCUUGAAGAGUAACUAUCUAAGAUAGAAUAAGAUUAAUUGAAUAUUUAGGAACCAAGUUUAAACUCUUCUCCCUCAUUUUUCUAGGACAUUUACACUGACGAUAAUUCUGAAAAAGUUAUUCAAGAACUUACAAGAAUUAUACUUAAUUAGCAGAAUUUCUAAGAUGAGGAAUCAAAGAGAGCUUUAAGAUAAAUAUUUGGAAAGAGAUACAUGGAUAACUUUAGGUUAUUUGAAAAAUAAAUAAGCGAAUUAAAUUAUAAAAAUAAACAAUUGCAACAAGAGCUUUUGCAAGAAAAAUAAUUUAAAAAAAGUUUAUACGAAAAAAUUGAAUGGUAUACUAAACUACUUAUAAACAUUCAUUAAAAUGGGCUUAGCAGGAAUAAUGCUGAACUAUUAGAAUAAGACAUGAAUUGUAUUCAGUAAGAUCAUUAAGAAAGUAGAAUGGCAGAACUGGAUGAAGACCCAACUUUAUUAGGAAGAAUGUCAGUUUUAAAUGGAAGAUUCAGUGAAUUUAACUAAUUGUAUUUACCUCCAUAGAGAGAAAGCAGAGUUUCUUACAUGAAUGAUUAGAAAACAGAAGAAAUUAAUAAAUUAACUGAAGAAAACAAAGAUCUUAAAGGAGUUAUUAGCGAGUUAGAAGGAAAACUUAGCUUACUUGAAAGCGAGAUAUAAUACUUGUAAUUGCAAAAUCAGUAACUCCAAAACAAGAUGUCACAAAAUAAAAAUAAUAAAGAAAUUCAGGAUCUUAAAAAGGAAAUAGAAAACUUGAGAAAAUAACUGAACGAGCAAUCUUUUUUGAGCGAUAAUUCAAAAAUAAGUAGGGGAAAUACGCCAACAAGAUAUAAAGGAAACUCCGCGUAUUCUUCAAAUACGAAAUUAAACUAAUUUGAUGACAAUCUUGGCAAAAAUAUGUCAAGAUUGAAUUUAUCAAGCAUCACUGAACUACCUCAAUAACAACCAAUUGGAUGCAAUUGGUAACAAUACAAGCCAUAACAAUAGAAGAAUUUUUAGAUAAGCAUUAAAGAGAUGAGCUAGAAAAUAUAUAAGAAGAAGAGGGCGAAUAAUACAAUUGAAAAUGUAUUUUUUUAAAUUAGCAACUAAUAUAGUAUUUAUUUACUCUAUAUAUUCAAUAAUAAAACAUUAUAACUUAAAAAAUAAUCACUAAUAAAUCAAUUUCUCCUUCCUUUUUGUUUUAAAUAGUAAGAAGGUUUUUUAUUCAUUUGUUUGUUUAUUUUAUGUAUUUAAUUGUGUUAGUUAUUUAGUUAGUUUCUCUAAAUUCAAUAGAGUAAAUAAUGGUUAUUAUAUUCAUUCUGA